AUGUUCGGCGGCAAUCGACCUAGUGGAAAGAUCGCAAACUCUCGCAGCCCAAACCUCGACGUGCGAGGCUCGCAGGGCGUCAGGGGAGAGCGAUUCCGAAGCAACUCGAGCGGGCCGGCGAGUGCGAUCGCGUUGUCCUAUGGCAGCGACUUGAUGGAUCGCGAGUCCGACGGUGACGAUGAGCAAAACAACACCCUACCGCCCAUCGUUAAAGGCGUCAUGAGUGAAAUCGAAAUGUCGUGGAGCUUCAUGACGGAAGACGACUUCAACCCAGUGCCCCACUCACUGUCGCUGCUGGACUCGAGCACCCUGGGCAAGAACUACAAGGCCUUCACCGAGAUCUACGGCAAGCUAGAGUCAGCCAUGGACGUGCUCGUGAACGACUAUCACCAAGCCUUCAACUCGGCCAUCCAGGCCUUCAGCGGAGUUGUAGACCAUAUCUCAGACUCGCAGCGACGAACCAGGCUUGUCCGACAGAAUCUGGAGCAGUGUCGCGAGCUACUCCAGUGCAAGCGCUUCGAUCUGCUCCACCUCUUUUUGAAGAGCCUCCAAUACAAGGAGAUGUCCCGGCUCCUGGAUGUCAUCGACGACCUCCAAAAGACGCCAUCGGUGAUCGAGAGUCUCAUAUCGCGCAAGUUAUACCUCGCCGCCGUCCGCACGCUCAUGGCGGCCCUCAAGACCGCCAACGGAACUGAGUGUCGGGAGAUUGGUGGCUUGGAACAAACCCGAGAGAACCUCAUCGAAAUCCAAAGCAAAAUCCACGAAACACUCAUCGAGGAGCUGCAUAACCAUCUCUAUCUCAAGAGUCCCUUCAGCCUCGAGCGCUUGGGGAAACAGGGUUCCAACGAUAACCUGGCUGUCAAGGAGAGCAGAAAAUUUGCCAGCAAAGCCUCGGAUGACCAAGGGGAUGAAACGUCUGCGGAUGACGAUUCGGUUGAUCCAGAAACCGAUUCAAACAUUUACAUGGCGUCCUUGAUCGAGGGACUCUUCCAUCUCGGGAAGCUUGCAGAUUCGAGUGACAUGAUCAAGGAGCGUAUGUCCAUCGAGUUGUACUAUCUGGUCGAGAGGACCUUGCAAGAAACGAGUCAGCAGGCCACCCAGACAGCCUUCAAGUCAGGCUCGUCCAGAGCUGCCCCUGGCCUCGAAACCACCACUUCCUCGCUGAUGCUGCCCGAUUUGUUCGGCAGUCCGUCCAAGGAGGAGUCUGGGCUGUUGGUUGAGUUUUUGAGCGACCUGUACAAGAAACUGCAGUGUGUCCUCGAGGGUCACGCCUUUGUGGUUUCGGUGGUGCAGCAGAUCUCAAAGGAGAACCCACAGUCAGGGAAUCUGAGCGACCAGUGGUACAUGAUGAAGGAUGUUGUGGUAGCCGUCGAGAGCGAGGUCAAGACCCUUAUCUCGGACUACAUCACCACGUCCAAGCGUGUGGCUGUCGAGAGCAACGAUCUCAACCAAAUCCUGCGAGAGCGGCGCCCGAAGAAGCAGGGAGUGAGCAAGAAUCUAUACCAUCUUGCUGGCCUGGUUCCGUCAGAUGAUAUCUUGGCGCUAUAUCACAAAAUGGAGGCCCAGUCCCAAAACACCUCUGGCGGUCUCGAUACAAACUUUGGCGUCGACACCAGCGAGCACGACCAGAUGACGGCCCUUGGCAUUGGCAUAGUCGACAAAUACGCCCAUGUCAUUGCCACAGGUCAUCGGAUGCUCGUCCACCAGCCGGAUGCAUACAACAUCCUGGCCGUAUUUGGACCCACGUGCGAGUUCAUCAUCAACGUCGAGGGCUCGCCCAAGCUCAGCGUGUUCAAAUGCAAGUUUUCGGGAUUCAUACCGUUUAUGGACGACUUUAUCAUGGAAGACUUUAUGCCGCAGAUCGAACAGCGUGUGUUGGACUAUUACAAUCAAUACGUCAACGGAUCGGAUGCCUUCCAGACAGAGUAUUGUUGCGAGCUCUCCGGCUACCCGUUGCUCAAGAGCGGAAUCGCCUUGGUGGUGCUGAUCCACGAGAUGUGUCGCAGUCUCCUUGAGCUGCCAGUACACCAGGACGAGUUUGUGAAGAUGAUAGAGAUUUUGAUUAUUCGAUAUUACGAAAAGUGCUGCGGGCGCUUCCGUGGAAUCAUGUCGCAGGACGGCGUCGCCUUGGACCGCCCAACCGAGAUUCUGACUGCCAACUGGGCACAGCAUGAGGACCUGGUGCAUAUUCUCAUUCAAAACACAUAUUUCUUGAAAGGGCCCGUCAACAAAGAUGUCAACGAAAAGCUUGGACAAAUGGAAAUCAUCCUGGAGCAGCAGCUCAAGUCCGAACGGUCGCUGUACCAACCAGAGCUGAUCUUUGAUCUCAGAAAGAUUCAGUCGAUCGCCCAUCUUCAUCACAGCACGGAAUGGCUUCUGUCACAGAUCAUUCAACUGCGUAUCCGAAGCGAGGCUGUCCCCCAGCCAUCGCCUCUCGCGAAGGAUAGUUUGGCCAGUCAAGAGGAUUUGGGAGAGGAUUCCAUCAACUGGUCGCUCGACAGUCUCCCUGCUAUGAUCGUGGAGGAAGAGAGAUCAACCAUCUUGCCUCUGACGCCCGACAUGAUCACUCGCACAAACGAUAUACUCGAUAGCUUCCAGAACCUCUCGGAGGUGUCUCUGUUCUCGCUGAGGAUCGAAGUGCGGCUCCACUGCAUGUACUAUCUCGACCUUGCCUUCCGAGAGGGAAGCUAUGUGCUGGACAGCCCACCAGCCGGACCUGACGGCUACAUCGGAAUGCUAAACAACGACAUGGCCCUGAUGGAGGAGUGCCUCCUCUCGACGUUGAUGCCCCGACGGAUGAAAUUCGUCUUUGACGGCAUUGCUGCCUUGAUCACGCACUUGCUCUGCAACAGCGUUCGUUACAUCCGCCGCAUCAACGACUAUGGCGCCGACAAGUUGAUCAAAAAUUAUCGAUCGCUCCAGCAAAACAUCAACAACAUAAGCUCGGUCGAGGAGAAGAGCCUUGACCGUGCCGGCCACUACUUCAAGCUUCUCCAGAUGAGCCCAGAGGAGCUUAUCGAGUCACUCAAGGAUGCUCCGUUCAAAUUCUCGUUCGACGAAUACCGAGUGAUCAUCGAUCUCAAGUAUGCCGAUGGCUUGGUGGACGAGACCUUGCCCGAGAGGAAAACGUACAACGAAGUGCUCGCCAAGCUCAAGGCCUGGUUUGUCAAGCACUGAUGCGCGCAGACCAUGAACUGCAGCGACCUCAGACUUAGGCUCUGAUCUCAGGCUUUGGCUCGGAGCUGUAGCAAAGGCACGGCGUUGAUAGAUGGACAUUCCGCAAGGCAUCAAGCGCGGCGGCGCCAUGAACCGAUUUCCAUCGGGGAAGUCUGAUCUGAGCAGGAACGAUCGCGCUGGCGCUGACCUAGAUUGAGCCAGCGGCCGGUAAUCGCGGCACAGAUUCGAGAACGGCACAAGAAAGAGGUGUCUGAUUUUGAUUUCAAAAAGAAGCGCAUUACAUGCAGAGUCUAUCGGAUGCGCAAUGCGCCAUUUGUUUUGU